GUAGGGACUUUCGUGACGCUUUGUUAUCAACCAAUUGCACCAUAUUGAGUGACAGAUGCAGAUAUUCAAGAAAAAUCGUUGGAUUUUGUCACAGUUUCGUCCAUGUAUAUGAAAGCAAUUUUUGUAUCGGCAUGUAAGUGAUGAUAUCGAAUAACACGCCUUACAAGCUCAAAGCUUCAAAAAGCUCCAAAGAAAUCAACGAUUACGACAAUAACCACUCCGAUGACAACUACGAGAACAGCAGCGUCGACGGCGAUGUAGAAAACAACCAAAAGUACCAUGUUUACAGCCGCGACAACCGCUACCGGGGCUCAGGAAGGCCCCGCUCGAGCGAGUUCCGCUCGUCCAAAGUUAGCGACCGAAGGGGCGGCUACCGGGGCCGCGGCGGCCCCCCGAGCCGCCGGGGGGACCGAGACGGCUCCGACAAUUUCUACAUCUUGAACCGGAAGUACCAGGACUCGCUAUCGCGCCAUUCGGAGUCGUCAGGAACGUAUCAUGGAAAAUUCUACGAACCGGAAAAGAAAAACGACAUCAAGCUCAACCUCCCGGAGGACACGCGGAUCUCCAAGCUGUUGCGCCGCCUGAGCACGGAGACCGACCAGGAGAAUUCGCUCACGAUUUCCAAGAAGCUGCUGGAGGUGUUGUUGCUGCCAGACAACGCCCAGUAUGUGCGGAAAGCGUUCCACAUUUUGGGGGAGUCAAUGUUCGACAUUUUGCAAGUGUCGCCGGGGCCGCUGGCGAAGCUUCAGGCGACGAGAGCGUUGGGACGGAUGGGGUACAUCAUGGGGCAAGAGAACGAUUUCGAGAGGUACCUGAACUGGUUGUUUGUGAAAAUGAAAAACACGUACGAAGAAAUGCAGAUUUUGUUGAUGAAGAGUUUUAAAGAGACGCUGGCUUUUGAAAAGAAUAAACCCGUUUUGCAGGAGCAUGCGGAGAAUUUGAUGCACCAUUUGGUGGUUUCCAUUGAGAUAACGGAAAAUGCGGAAGUGUUUAAGGCGAUUUUAGACAUUCUGAUGACGACUGUUGAGCUCUAUCCUGAGUGUUUCUAUCCGCAGUUUCAGGACACUGUUGAUUUGUUGUUUGGGUGGCAUGUAGAUCACACUCAACCGUUAUCCAACAUAGAGUUUAUUUCACGCAACUUGCAGCGAAUUGCACCCCAUUUUAAAUACAAUCUCGAUUUUGCAGUCACUUUAAUUGAGAACUUUUUAGAAGACAUCACGAAUUUUAGCACUCAGUUGAACGAUUCAGAGAGUAAUUCGCUAGAGCAUGUCAAUGUUUUGAUUUUAGCAUUGAACACCAUUUUGAAGUGUCUUGGAGACAGUUUUAGACCGGCUAAUAACAAACACGUGACUGUUGAAUUAGUCUCUACUUGUUUGAACCAAGUAAUAAAGACGGUUCGCGAGGUUCUGGAGAACUUUGUCACUGAUAAUCUCAUCAUAGCGGCGAACGAAAGCAUAGGGAUUUUGUUGAGUCAGUUGGACAACAAAAGUCAAGCUCUGAGUACUUCCAUUUACAAUUUAAUAGAUCUAGAGUUGUCUUUGGUGAACGAUUUCUCAGACGCUACAAUGGUGUCUAUGCUUCUGCUCAUCUCUAGAAUAAUCAAGGAAUUGUCGGCGAACCUUCCCAUUGAGCUUAUUGAGAAACUAAUAGGACCUAAGUCCGAAAUCGUGAAACUGAGGUACUCCCAUUUUAAAACCAUCCAAGACUCUGUGAUUUGCGUCUACCAAGCUUUGCUCAACUUAAAGAACGUAUCGUUAUUGCAAGAAGCGUAUAGAUAUGUUUUGGGCGACUUAGAGGUCGUCUAUCGCGCGAUUGUCCCCAAUGUGGAACCCUUCAUUCAAAAUAACCCCUUUACCGUUGAUAGUUUUGACUUGACUGAUGAAGAGAAGGAGCUGACGGUUCUGUUCUUACUGAGAUGUUUGUCCCAAUUGGCUAACGCCAGCUCGAUAAUAGUGAUGUGGGCGCUAAAACCCAGUAUCCUAGAACUAGUGGGAGUGAAUUUAGCCCCUUACCAAGUUUCCUUGGCUAAAAAUAACCCAGCGUUGCAAUAUAGCCUGCUCUACUUGCUAUAUUCGCACUGCAAGUGCUACAACCACUUCAUUUCAAGCAGCAACCUAGUGGCGAAAAAACAAGAUCAACCAAACCUGAUGGGACUCUUCACAUUAUCAGACGUUCUAAACUUAAACGACGUACCGAAUACGUCACCGAAUUUGGGUAACUUCGAGAUAAUUUUAGACAUUUUGUAUAAAACACUCUGUAUACAGACACCCUGUGAAGUCACUCUGUUGCUUUUGCAGUGGUUCAACGACAUCCUUAUCAAUUCUGAUAGUUACUUGGCCAACUUGUAUGAUAACGAUAAGUUUGUAGCCGUAACGGAAGUCCUAGUACGUUGUGGGUACCACUUCAACACGAAAAUAGUCCUAUCGGUUUGCGAAAACCUAGACAAGCUUUUAGCGAACAAACAACUGUCUUGGAGUAACCAGUUCUUGAUCAACGUCUGCGAAUUAGUGAAACUCCACCUAAGUUCCAAUAAUCGAGAAAUCCGGCUCAAGUACUCCAAACUGUCGUCAAACAUCCCCUGGGAUGUCGCUAUCGUCGAAUUCAACAAAUCCAACUCUUUGUUCGACGUGAAAAAGCCGAGUUUCGCUAAACACUACUCUAAUUACAUGAUCUGGAUGGCGCAGCACGUCCAUUUGAACAAUAGCUCAACUGGGGAUAUCUACCCGCUACAAUUUAAGACAUUCAUGGACUAUCUACUAAAGAACGAACGACCUGAUUCACCCAACUGGCUCGAAGACACCUUCAUCUCUAGUUGGCCUCUCCAAACCAACUACAAAGCUAUGGAAUUCUUGUAUGACUUAGCUCUCAACUCACGUUUGGUCCUCAAUAGUUGGACCACCCUCGAGAGUGCCCAGUUUUGCGUCAACUCCAAGCUGCGCACGCCACUCGGGAAACCCAACGAGACUUUCACUAAGAUAGAGGGCGCUUUGAACCAACUGGGCAACGAUUUAAUCAACGCCAAGAAAAAUAAAGACAACGAAAGUCGCAAUGAUAGUACCCGAGUGAAGUUGCUGCUCUUGUUCAUUGAACAUCUUGAAAAAGCUAUAUAUAGUGCGUCGGAAGGGUGUGCCAUCGCAAUGCAGCAACCCCCAAAGCAAGUUCGCUCGUUUUUCAUCACCAAUACCAACACUUGUAGCGAAUGGUUGAGCCGGAUCCGCAUGGUUGUGAUACAUAUAGCUAUGCAUGCCGGUGACCCUUGUACCGCAAUAAGGCACGGGCAAGCCCUCCUAAGCGACUUAGUCGCCACUGGAAGGUUAAGCGGAGUCGAGUUCGAAAGGGUGGUGAUUUUCGUCACUCUAGCGUUGCUACAAAUGAGAGAAAACGAAGCCAUUUUGGGGUUGUACGUGUGGUGCAAAAACGUCGCCGGACGGAAGUUCGUUUGGAUUAAAUAUGCAGCUGAACAGGCGUGCAAACACUACGAGAUAGCGAUUGACGGCUAUAGAAAGGUGCUCAAGCACAACCACGUUAAUGAUAGCGACGACCAAACUGAGUCGUCGAAGUUGGAAAGCGAUACCCAGAAUUUUAUCUACGACCAGAUCGCUAUUUGCUAUAAAGAAUUGGGGAAUUGGGGCGACAUGAUUAACUGGAACUCUAUGGACAACGCGGCUGAGAAUAUGGACAACGGAAGGAGGUAUUGGUUUAGCAUGACGGAUUGGGGGUGCGUGAACAACCUCUUCAACGUGGAAGUCGGAAGACAAGUCUUCACCGAGAUGUGUACUUGGAACUAUAAAAAAGACCCGAAUUCGUGGAGUCUGUACGAGGAUUUGACAACCCUUGAGAGUAACUUGUAUGGUUUGUCGUUCACUGUAGCCGCAAACAAAGAUAACGUUGAUAAGAAAGUCGACGACAAUUUAGCUAAACUACAACAAUCGGUCCGAGAUCAUUUGAAUUACGCGCCAUCAGAGUACCUGCAGAACUUGCUUCUGAUGCAGUACGCCUGCCAAGGUGUGAAAAACAUCACGAAGAACACCGACGCCAACACAGUCUUUUUGGUGUCGGAAGACUUCGAGAACGAAAUCGCAAAAGUCGAUUCUUCCAUCUUGCGCAAGAUUCUAUGGUGGUCGGAGUACUUCGGCACGGUCCAGAACCUCAGUAGUACCACCUUCUGCACCAACCUCCGCAUAGACGUGAUAAAACGAGCCCGAAAAGAACGCAACUUUAAGUUAGCCCGUAACCACAUCCAUCGAUUCCUCAAAGACAAAGAACUCACGCUGGAAGAUAACGGUUUUAACACUAUUGCUAGUGGUUUCUUGCAAAAAAUCCGGGAGAUUUCGGUAUGGAGCGUUGAUACUGCUCGGGUCAUCACCGAAAUCAUCAAACUCUCCUACUGUACUGACCAGAAUCGCCAGCACAGCUUCAAUCUGUGCGCUUCGGCUUCCACCGCCAUUUCCAAGUACGCGGAACUGUACGGAGGCACCGAACUAAAAAAAAUCAGCAGCAAGAUUCUACUAAAGUUGGCGAGUUGGUUGCAAGUCAACGAAGAGAUCUGUCUAACUGAGAUCAAUAGUCCAUUAGGGAAACUCCUAAUGGUACUACCUGAAAUCGGCAUGAUGGAAAACAGCGCUUCUAACGUCAUCCCGAUGAGCGAGAUGGCAAUCGGGAAAUUGCUGCAGUUCAGCGUGCACCAGAGUGUGGGUUUGGCCAAAAGCUGGAACGUUUUUGGUACCUGGUGCUACCGCUGGGGACGCAAAAUCGUGGAUUAUAGUUCCGACGUACACAACAACCUCACGGAUGAAGACUACGCCAUUAUUAAGAACAUCCUUCACGUGGGGGCUUCCUCAGACGACGUCAAGCAAAUCGUUAUGAUUUUGUCGCAAACAAGGUCGAAUCUAGACGAGGAGGAUAUCGAAUCGCACGAUUUGAACACUUCAGAGAUGAUUCAAAGCCAGUUGAAGUAUGUACCGGUGCUGCAAAAUGCAUCCGAGGCGGAUUUAGAGACGUUGGUACAGAUUUGGAGGAACACGCAAAAGAGGAUUUACACGUACUAUGCUUUAAGUGCAGAGGCUUACUUCAAGUACUUGCAUCUGACGACGAACGCCGAGAACGUCACGAAGAGUACCGAAUGUAACGUGAUUACGGUUACGUUGCGUCUGUUGAGGUUGAUUGUGAAGUACGCUUUGGAACUACAAGGGAUUUUGGAAGAGGGGUUGCAAACCACACCUACGCAACCGUGGAAGGUCAUAAUACCUCAAUUGUUUUCGCGUUUGAACCACCCCGAGAGCUACGUUAGACACAGAGUGUCGGAUUUGUUGUGUCGGAUAGCUGAAGACGCCCCUCAUUUGAUUACGUUCCCGGCGGUCGUUGGGGCCCUAGAAGGAGGGUUGAAGUUUGACUUUUCCGAAAUCUCGCUACCUAAAGACUGUUUAUCACAGAAUAACGAGUGUCAAGAUGAGGAGCUUAACGAAGAAGACGACAACUACGAAAGUGACAAUGAAGAUUCGACCAAUGCGCUACAGUCGUGCUUCAAGACCAUGGUAGACACUCUUAGUAAACAAGACCCUGAAACUAUAGCCCAAGUACAAACCCUUGUCAAAGAGUUACGACGCAUCACACUCCUAUGGGACGAACUAUGGCUAGGAACUUUAGCCCAACACCAAACGGAGAUCAGCAAACGCCAGCAACAACUCGAGUACGAAAUCGAGAAAGUGAACGAAAACCCGAACCUAAACAAAGAAGAGAAGAUGUCUCUAAUCGCCGAGAAACACCGCAUUAUAAUCAAACCGAUCGUUUUUGUUCUGGAACAGCUGCAAGAAGUAACAAGCGCUGAAGCAGAAACCCCUCACGAGAAAGACUUCCAAGAGAAGUACCUCCAAGAGAUCAAAGAAGUAAUAAACAAGUUGAAGAACCCUGAGAACCCUGAUAAACCGCAAGAGAGUUUGCAACCCUUGAAGGUACUACACAAGCAGUUCCAGCAGAAAUUCCACCGUCGAGCUUCUUACACUCUCAAAAUGCAGUCGAUCAGUCCAGUUCUCGCCUCCAUCAAGAACACCGUCAUCGCGAUGCCUGGGUUGGCCACCUCUGCGAAAACCCGAGUCACCAUUUCGCACGUCUCCAACAUCGUGUCGAUCCUUCCGACCAAAACUAAACCCAAGAAGCUGAUUUUCUACGGUUCGGAUGGCCAAACCUACACUUACUUGUUUAAAGGUUUGGAAGAUCUACACCUCGACGAGCGCAUAAUGCAGUUUUUGAGUAUCGCGAAUACCAUGAUGGCCCAAAACCCAGACACUAGUGGUCAUAACUUGUACCGGGCGCGACACUAUUCCGUGAUACCUCUGGGGCCUCGAUCGGGUCUGAUUUCUUGGGUCGACGGUACCACUCCGGUUUUCGCUUUAUAUAAGAGGUGGCAACAGCGCGAGAUGGCUAAGCCGUUUAUUAAGAACAACGUGAACACCACUGCGAGUGUGCUGCGGCCUUCGGAGUUGUUCUACAAUAAGUUGAAUCCUUUGCUGAAGGAGCACGGGAUCAAGAAUAUAGAGAAUAGGAAGGAGUGGCCGUUGAGUGUGCUCAGACAGGUGUUGACGGAGCUGAUGGCAGAGACCCCGAGUGAUCUCCUGGCGAAGGAGUUGUGGUGUAACGCGGUUGACGCGAACGCGUGGUGGCAGGUGGUGAAAAGGUACUCGUAUUCGGUGGCUGUUAUGAGUAUCAUUGGGUAUAUCAUCGGACUGGGGGAUCGGCAUUUGGACAAUGUUCUUAUUGACUUGACGAGUGGUGAAGUGGUGCAUAUUGACUAUAAUGUCUGCUUUGAGAAGGGGAAGACGCUGAGGGUUCCUGAGAAGGUUCCGUUUAGAUUGACUCCGAAUAUUAGAGGAGCGCUGGGAGUUACAGGAGUAGAGGGUAUUUUUAGAACGGCGUGCGAGAGCGUCCUGAAGACGAUGCGCAAGGGGAGAGAAACGUUGCUGACUCUGUUGGAGGCGUUCGUGUAUGAUCCGCUCAUAGAUUGGACGGUGGGCGGCGAAGGGUUGGCGGGGACGAGUUUCGGCGGGAUUUCGGCCACCAUCAGUACUAGGCAAAGCAAGAAGGAUCUGGAGAAGGAGGUUACUUUGUCUAUGUUCAAUGUGCGCUGCACGGAGAUGAAGGUGGAAUGGCACGACAACAAGGAGCAAAUCCAAAAAGACAUCCCAUCUCUUCUGUCCCACUUCAACUCCUGGCUCGACGUCCACAAGAAAAUCGACGAAACCGAAGACUACCUACAAGACCUCCACCAACAGAUGGCGCUGGUAAAAGAAGCGGAAGCCCACGGCGCCAACAAACACAGCCUAUACAACCUCCCAUCACGCUACGAGAUCUACUGCAAAACCCAAGAAGCGAUGAAAACCGCCAAAAAAGACAUAGACAAAAUAGUGAACGAAGCCGAAACCCACAUCACCACCUACCUGGAAGCUCUAAAGCUCCUCGAGAGCUCACAGUUCGCCCAGUGGAUCCAAGACCUCAAAACGCCAUCCAACGACAUGAACGUCUUCGACUUGGUGAAAGAAUUCUUGCACAACGCGGGAAAAAACGACAUUAUAACGCAGUGCGAGCAGUCCGAAAGCGACGUCGAACAACUAUCGAAGCUCCAGAACUUGUCGAUUCGCAGAUGUUUGCAGCUGUUGCAGGAGUACCACGCGAUUUUGUCCCAGUGCCCGAAAUCCUACAUCGAGAACCACCGGAUGUACCUCUUUUUAAACUGGUGUAAAUUCAUGACAGACACGAAAACGGUGGAAAGUUGCGACGCCGUCUACGAGAAGUUCAGACUCUUUUUGGAUUUGAGCAACGCUAAACACACCCUACAGUUUUCGUUCAGCUUGGAGGGCUGCUACAAGGAGACGGUAGCUCAAGUUAAUAAGUUGUACGAGGACUUGACGAAAAUAAGGGCGCAGGAGUCGAGCGCGUCCCUGGAGAAGCUCUACGCCACGGCUAGGUUGGGCGUGUCGACUUUUCUCAGUUGUGAGAAGGGGGCGACAAGUGCUUUUGAGUUCGUCAUAGCCAAUGAGUUGGUUCUUCUGAAUAAGAAUUUCCUGACUUUGGAGACCGCUGCUAGUCGCAGUGGGGAUCUUCUGAUUAAGUUGACGUCGAGGGAUGGCGACUGGUUUUUGGAUGAGCUGGUCUUGAAUAGUACCAGAGUGGUGGAGAUGAUUAAUAAUCUUCCUUUGAAGCAGGAGGGUGAAGAUGAGAGGUUUUUGAAGAUUUUGAACGGAAUUAGGAGCGCUAAUAACGUUUAUAAGGGGUUGCACGAGUUGCAUUUUAAUUUCCACACGAUUAUUUUGCCGGAGAGUAUGAAGAAGAUACAGAGUGAGGAGCCUACGGCGAUACAGAUGAUUACGGAUUUGGGGAGUUUGAUCAUAGAGUUGGGGACUACCAUUCCUGAGAUGAUCGCGCAGUUGGAGAAGAUCCUGUCGUGUUUGUUCAUGCAAAUGGACAUUAAUCCAUCCUACGAGCUCGUCCUCGACCGCGUCUCCUCCCUCCGCACCAAAUUCUACCACCUCGUCCAGACCCAAACCGACACCCUCAGCGCCGGCAAAAUGCUCCUCAUGGGCUUCAACGGCCUCUUCGACAAACUCACCCAAGAAAUGCACAACCUGGUGAACCUCCUCGGCAACGUGGACAUCCCCACCCCCUGGAAGAAACUCGACCAAGUAAAAGAAGCCAAAAACAUCGCCGCCCACAUCUUCAACCCCAAAGUGCACGAAAUCCUAGAAGACAUCUUCCUGCUCAAGCGCCUCCAAACCAUGUCGGAGUUCUUCGAGCUCACGUUGGAAAUGUGCCAGUCGUUCAAAGGCAGCGGCAAACACGUGGUCUUCAGCGACGAGCAACUGGUCAAACCAGUAAGGCAGUUCAUCGCCGAUUUUAUCUCUAGGCAGCUGCUGGGGAUCACCACGGAGGCAGUGGCUUACACUGUAUGCUUCCUCCUCCAGAAUCUGAGUCUAGAUGUGGAGCACGAAAUCGAGCAGAAGGAUAUCGGAGCUGAGACGAAGGUGCCAUUGGACGAACUGUGCCACAAAGCGUGGAAUUGCUUACUAAAACAGGGGAUUUUCACCCAGAACCUGGUUUCACAAGCGUCGAGCUUCUCGGCGAAUUUGAAGAGCGCGUGGGAGAAGAUCCAGGAGCCGAAGAAGAUCGAGUUGAAGUUGACAGUACUGCAGUCUAGCGCCAUGCGGAUACAGAAUCAGUUGACGGUGUAUAAUUUUAUGUAUGAGGAGAUUUUGACGCAGUUGCAUGUGUAUACGGGGGUUAGAAGCAAGUUUAUCAUCGAUUUGAAGAACGAGAUGACCACGUUGAAGAGUAUACACGCGAAGUUGACUGAAGCGAGGGAGAAGCAGCAGUUGUUGAUUGAGAAUGCCCAUCAGAGGCUCAACUGGGCGAAAGGGGCGAAUCCCAAUGUUAUAGAGAUAUCGGCGGCUUUUGAAAGCGCGGUUUCGGCGAGAGAUGGCAGACUUACUCUUGAACAAACUAUAGAAAGCGAGGUUUUGGCGGCCUGCAAGGUCAUACUGCAGCACGAAUUGCUGAGGACACACUGUAACGAAUCAAAAGGUUACGACAAGCUCUUCCUCAACAGUUUCGAAAAGUGGAGGAUCGCUUGUCAGUACACGACUUCCCGAAACGACGUUCUCACCCCCACCGAAGAAAGCAUCAUGAACCUACUAACCACCGAUCUAUUACACAACCCGAAAUGGCUUGAAGCCAUCUCCGAGAUAAUCUCGGACCUCAUCACCAUGUCCCAACGCAAACUGAGCGAGGACAGAGCCACCCUCCUUUGCGUCUACGACGACCUGACCUCUUCCAUCGAAAAAUUCAAAGAGGUCUACAACACCCACUGCAAACUGAUGAGCGACGUCAAGUCCCUCAUCAAAUCCAUGACGAAAAUCGAGGACUACGGGACCCAGACCCAACAGUUCGUUUCCGACUACCGACAGUACAUCGACAAUUUUUCGUCUUUGUUUUCGAAAUUCAAAAAAGACAUGAACUUGGAGGAUGUGAAGACGUGUGUCGACUAUUUGCAUCUUCUCGAACAGCGCACCGAGCAAAUCUAUGGCGAUUUGCUGAAUUUGGAGGCGAAAAGGAAUCGGCCUCAGUUGAUCAGGCAAGAUUGCGUCUCUGUGAGUCCGGCCAAGAUGGCGAAGCAGGAGAAUACGAAGGGACAACAGAGGAACGCUUAUGCUGUUAAUGUGUGGCGCAGGGUUAAAAUGAAGUUGGAAGGACGAGAUCCAGAUCCUGGCAGAAAAUAUACUUCUCAAGAGCAGGUGGAUUACGUAAUCCGCGAGGCGACCAACUUGGAUAACUUGGCCCUCCUGUACGAGGGCUGGACACCGUGGGUUUGAAGUGCAUCGAGCGCGGCAGUAAAGCCCUGCCUGGAUCUCUCUUCAGUACUAGUAAUGCGCCAGUGCGCACUGGUCGCCGUGGGUGAAGCAGCAGCGCCAUCUCUAACUAUACUUGCCCAUCAGGCCAAGUCGCUUAGUUUUAUUGUUCUUGCAAGAAUUUGAUUUAGGAAUCGAGGGAAUAUUGAAAAAAUAAAAAAACAAAAAAUAAACACACCGUUCUUGCACUAUCGGUAAAACUCUGCCACUUGAACAUAGUAAAGUAUAUCUCAAAAGUUAAUGCUGCUUUUCAUUUUAAUUAUCAACGGUAAUGUCAGAGUCGACGAACGCUGCCUAAACGGUAGUUUCUAUGUUUUCAAAAUGGAGUCUUAUCGAUGUAUUUGGAAUCGAAAAAUUCAUCGUACCAUAAAAAUCUGCGGUACUUGAACUGGAUUUACACGUGGGAGUUACGUCGUGGCUGCGUGUGUGUAAAUUCAGUUGGGAUUUUACUAUUAAUGUUACUAUACCUUCAACUCUAGUAGGUACCCUUCAAUCAUGCUCUAGCUCUUCAUACGUAACUUUAUCACGGAUCUGACAAAGGUAUAAAUUGAUUUUUAGAUGUAGUACGUUCUUAUUAUUGCUUAUCUAGGGUGUUAUUAUUUUUUAAUAAGUUUGAUUUUUAUUUAGAAAUUGUAAUAAAUGUUUCCGAAGACACGUCCUCAUUCUUUAAUAACACGCUAAAAGAAUGCCUUAAAUCUUUGUGUGUGUACAAUGUUUAUUACUUUUUCUGAUUUCUUUUAAUAAUAAUAUAGAAUAUACCUAUUC